UGAACCCGGCUUAUAAGUUCCAUAGUCAUAAACCCCACCCACCCCCAAAAAGCACACACGGGAUAAUGGCGGGAAACAAGUGCCCUGGCGGAGGGAAACUUUUGUCUUUGUAGCGGCCCUAUUACGCAAUUGCUUCGGCGGAUCUGACCCAAUUCUCCGACACACCCCAAAAAUGGACAAAAUCGAAACCCUAGGUAUACUUGAAGAGAUUCAAGCCCUCGUCUCUGACAACCUUCAAGUGGUUUCUUACAAGUGGCUAAGUCGCAAUUUUUUGGUGUCAUCAAACGCUGCGAAGAGGCUGCUUCAGGAGUUCGUUGAGAAACAUGGAAGUGGGUUGGAAGUAGUAUAUACUUUGUCUGGCUGGUUGAAGAGUGAUCCUUCAAUUUACCAUAUAAAGCUUGUUUCUGGGCCUAAACUUGCAGAUGCCAAAGCGGAAUUUGAUGACAAUUGCUCAGUUCAGGUCUAUAGUGUGCAAGCUUGCAUCCCAAAGGAUCCAGCAACACUUUGGAAUGCCGAAUUUGUACAAGCAGAAGAGCUCUUUAAGCAAGACCCCGCAGUUAGUAAUUGUUUGCGAGAUAACAGGUUCUGUGGGGUAUUAAAUACCUUUGUCAAGCGCAAUGCUGAGGGAACACCUGCAACUCUGGUGGCUCCACAGCCCAGAAGUGUAGGAGUCUCGGGGGCAUUCAAAAGUAAUUCUACUGAUCGAACAGUGACUAUUCCACUACCUCAGCAAGGAAAAGUGCAGAAAUCAAGCCCUAAGGCUAAUUUGCAGACUCCCAAUGUGGUAACAGAUGUCAAAAGUGGAAGUUAUGGAGGUCAUGAACAGGUUAAUAAGCCCUCUGCAGAGAAAGAAAAAGUUAAUCAAUUGCCUGCUAAUAAAAAGAAAGGUCAGAAUGAUAGAAUCUCAUCUGGAAGUGGAGGCUCAUUAGCUAAUAUGUGGGGCCGUGCAUGUGCAAAGUCGAAAACUACCUUGGCAGAAAAGAACGAUUCCAUUCCACACUCUGCUGUUAGUGCUGAAGCUCAGAUUUGUGCUCGUGAAGAAGCAGAGGGUGCUAGCAGUGACGAUGAUGAUCAAGAUGUCAAUUUCAAGAGGGCUUCCAAUGGGGAAGUUUCUAGGAAGAGGAGGGUUGUUUUCGAUUUUUCAGAUGAUGAAGAAGAAUAUAAGGAUGCUGUCAAUCUGGCAUCACCAGAUCUUCCAAGAAAGCAAUCUUCUUUAGAGUCUGAACAAAGUAUUAAAACUUCAGUUCCAGAGAAAAACAAUUUUAAUUUUGGCAAGAAAAAAGAGAAGCCAAAGGACAAAGAAGAGAGAGUAACUGACGGGAAAUCUAAUGAACCGCUGGGGGAAGAUUUUUCAGUUGUCAGCAAAGGCAAGAGCACUAGGAUUUCUUCUACAGAUAAGAUCCAGAUCCAUAUUCCUGAAAAAGAUGCGACUCUGAAGGAUAAAGUGACAGAUGAUAAGAAAGUCACUGACAAGGAAUCUAACAAACCUGUGGGGGAAGAUUUUUCAGUUGUCAGCAAAGGCAAGAACAGUAGGAUUUCCUCUACAGAUAAGACCCAGAGCCAUGUUCCUGAAAAUGAUGCGACUAUGAAGGAUAAAGUAACAGAUGCUACUCCAAAUUCUCCUAAAAGAAGAAAAGUGUUGAAGACACGGAUCGAUGAUCGUGGGAGAGAAGUAAAUGAGGUUGUUUGGGAGGGUGAGGAGACUGACAAAAAACCUGAUAGUAACACGAUGAAAGCUGACAAUCACGCAGUAAACAAUGCUGUCAACCGGCCACCUGCAAAUAAGAAGACAGCAGCCGUGGGGAGCACUGCUUCAUCUAACCCAGUGGGCAAAGCAGGAAACAAGAAAGCAGGAAGUGUGAAGGAUCCUAAACAAGGAAACAUUCUAUCAUUCUUCAAGAAGGUUUAAGCUUUUAGUUAUGACAGCGUGGAUUGUUUAGCUUUAAGCACUUGUCAAAGCUCCUUGGUGAGGUUUUUUACAAAGCUAUCGUAAAGUGAUCAAUCUUUUUUUA